AUGACUCGGGAAAGGCAUUUGCCGUAUGACCGUCCCGUCCUGUCUAAGAAGUUGGAUGCUGGCGAUGAUCCAUCUAAACUCUACCUACGCGACAGGGAGUUCUAUGCUAAGCACGAUAUAGAGGUCUGGACGGAGACUUUGGUCACCAAGGUUGAUGCCGAACAUCGCAUUGUGGAGGUUCAACCAUCGAAAGCUCACAAUCAUCCAUCCCAAGUUACGUACGACAAGUGCCUAUGGGCCGCGGGUUCAGAUGCUAGGAAAGCCUAUAUACCAGGCCUUAACGCCAAGAACGUUUUCUGUCUCCGGACGCCCGAUGAUGCUCACGCUAUAACGGAAUAUGCUGAGGCUGGGCAACGGGUGGUUUUGGUUGGUUCGGGUUUCAUCGGUAUGGAGAUGGCUAGUGCCCUGGUUAGCAUGGGAGUAGACGUCACUGUUGUCGGUAGGGAGACUGUGCCGUUCCAGAGGGUACUGGGGAAGAAAGUCGGGGCAUAUUUCGCCCAUAUGUUAGCGGAAAGGCACAUACAAUUCAUCGGAGGAACGACGGUGAAGUUGCUCAGAUCAGAAGCGAUGGAACAUGGUUCCUACAGCGAGGACAGUCUCGUGAAUGGAGUGGAGCUUGAUGAUGGUGAUCUCCUUUUUGCGGACGCUGUCAUCAUGGGUACAGGGGCAGUCCCUAAUACUUCACAGCUUACUGGUGUACAGAGGGCUGCCGAUGGGUCACUGCCGACGGACCCUUUUUUGGGGGUACAGCUUGCUGAUGGUUCCUUUAGCAAUACGCUUUAUGCUGCUGGAGAUGUGGCAAGAUACCCCGAUGUGCGCACAGGUGAGCCGCUGAGAGUGGAGCAUUGGGAUGUCGCACUACAAAUGGGCAGAAUUGCGGGAGCGAAUAUGGCUGGAAAAUUUAGACCGUACAAUACGGUGCCCUAUUUCUGGACGAUGAUAUUUGGCAAGUCCUUGCGGUACGUUGGCAGCACAGGUGGCAAGGACGGAUCUAAUUUUUUUGAUAAUGUUAUCAUCGAAGGGGACUUCAAAGAGAGUCGCUUCGUGGCUUAUUAUUGUCGGGGUGAUCAUAUUCUGGCAGUAGCGACCGUGGGAUCGGAUCCUGUUGCCGUCGCCUGUGGAGAGCUGAUGAAACGAGGCUUGAUGCCCCGUACUAGCGAGCUCAUGCUAGGAACCUGUGAUGCCCAAGGCAUUCUAGAGUAA